GUUCAGUUUCUCCACCGAACACAACCACGUGCUACAUUACAGAGUCAACUAAACCGGAAAUCACCGGUUUUAUAAAAAAGAGUUUCACGGGUUUACCGACUAAACCGGUAACUCUCAAUAGAAACUCAAAGCACGUCUGUGUUCACCACACGUUUUAUCAAAAGUCUAAGCUACUCUGCAAUUCAUUUGCCGGCGAAAAUUCUCAGGUGAUUGAUUCUCUCUUUGUUUUUUUCUGAUUUAUCAUAUCGAUUCUUCAUAAAACUGGCAUGUAUUCGAAAAAGAUCUCUUCUCUAGGUUUCACAUGAUUCAAUUUUUUCAUUCUAUAACAAAAUAGAUCUUGCGAUGCAGAUUUUCUGCUGAGUUUUUCAUACGAAAUUGUUGCGGGAUCUCUAUUUUCCAUUCGAGUUUAGGGUUUCAUGGCGGAAUUUGAUUCAUAGUACGUUUAAGUUUAGGGAUCAUUUGCUCAGCUAAAAAAUGGAUCAAGAGUGUCCCUUUGCUGCCGAAAGCAUAAUCCAGAAAUGCCCUUUCCUGAGAAACAUCAACAAGCCUACCAAUUUGUCCUUCUCCUCCUUGAGUUUUCCAAUUCCGGUGCAAGGAGGUAAAGGUCCUAUUUUUGAAGAUGGUCCUGGAUUUGAUUCAGCAUUCAAGCUCUUCCAUGGGAAAGAUGGUAUUGUGCCGCUUUCUGGUUUCGCUGAUGAUUCUGAAGAUGAGGCGGGUCGUCGUGCUCUGCAAUUCAAUCCACUUGCUGGUAAGGUAGCUACAAUAAGCCUAUCAGCUUUUGGUCCUGGAGGCCCUUUUGGUUUUGGUCCUUUCUCAGAGAAAUGGAAGAAACAACAGAAGAAACCUAAACCUUCCAAAAACCAACAGUCUGGGGACUCUUCGAAACAUGAGGCAGUUGGAGACGAAUGGUUAAAAACCGGGAAUUGUCCUAUCGCCAAGUCUUUUAGAGCUGCAAGCAAAGUCAUGCCUCUUAUUUCUAAAGCAUUAACGCUACCACCUGGUAUGAAAUAUAGAUGUCCAGCUCCUAUAGUAGCUGCUAGAGCUGCACUUUCGAAGACUGCUUUGGUCAAAAGUCUUCGCCCUCAGCCUUUACCUGAAAAGAUGCUUGCAAUCGCUCUCAUGGGAAUGGCUGCAAAUGUGCCUCUAGGUGUAUGGAGAGAACACACAAAGAAGUUUUCGCCUGCAUGGUUUUUGGCUGUCCAUGCUGCUGUGCCUUUUAUAGCAAUGCUUAGGAAAUCUGUUCUGAUGCCCAAAACAGCCAUGGCUUUGACCAUUGGAGCUUCGAUCUUGGGACAGGUGAUUGGGUCAAGAGCUGAGCGUUACCGUCUCAAAGCAGUAGCUGAGAAAAUGGUUCCUGUAACCGCUAUGGUUUCUGGAUACAACCAGAGCCCUGGCGACUCAGGCAUUUCUGGGGGACAUUGUGGUAUAGGGGAGGGAGUGAAGCAGGUUUAUUACAAUGUAAAUAUUGGAGAGUCUGCUAAAUCAACUGGACUCUGUUAUUGAGAGAAUGUUCUUAUUGAUUUCAGAAACUACAAAUUACUAUGUAAGGAUUGGAUAUUUGUGUGUGAGGGAAGGUUUUUGUAAUUCAGUGAAUUGUGUAAACCAUAACAAUGGUGUCGUUUUAUCCCUUCAAAAUGGGUCUAAAUAAAAGGUUAAUAAUUCCCUC